AUGACCGCUGGGAGGAGCGCAGAAAGAAGGAACUCCCUGGUGCAUCUGCAGCAGCCCAACAGGACACCUUCCUCUGCUCCAGCCGCAACAAAACAUGCCUCUCCAGUAUCAUUCUCCACAGCCACAGCAGUUGCUGUAACCAGGCCCUCCCAGAGUCCCUAUUUUCCAGGGACAGUUCUAGAUUUACAGGAGCUGUCCCGGUUUCUGGUUUUAUCCCAGAAUGUCCCACAUUUCCUUAGGAUGUCUAUUUUCACAGGAGAAAUAUUGGAGGGUGUGGAGUUAUGCAAACCCCCCCCCCAGGCCAAGGAGAUAAGUAACUACACCUUUAGAAGACAUCCGAAGGCAGCCCUAUAUAGGUGA